UUUUGACUUGGAUUUUUUUUUUAGUGAGCAAUUUUAGAUGUUCGAUUUGAUUUCAUUACAAUGAUGCUUUAAGAUCAGGGCUUUGUACCUUGUUGCUCUCUUCAUAGAAUAGGUGUCUUAAAGAUGAAGAUGUAUAUGACUGAGGGAAUUUUUUCCUAAUUGGGAAUUUCCAUGUCUCAUUGGUGAUUUUUUUUAUUGGCACUGGGUGUCCGAGAACAAAGUCCCAACUAAUUCCGGAGGUGCACAUGCCCUUAGCAAAGAGUUUUUCGUAAGUGCAUAUUGGGUAAUUCAAAGAGAAGUUUCCCAAGUUCGAUGACCCCUAGAAAUUGUUUGUACUCAAGAGGAUUUGAGCCUUAGACUUGGAGGGAGCAUACCACCAAGUCCAAGGCUUUUACCACUUGAGCCAACCCUAGGGGGCAUUGGUAUUUUAAUUUUAAUUUUUUAUUUUUUUAUCGAUAAACAAAAUUUUAUUGAGCAUAAAGUAGACAAAGGCUUGAGUAUACGGGACAUAUACAAGAGCAUCGCCAAUGUAUGCAGUGAUUUGAGACACUUUUUCUCUAUUUUCUUUCUUAAAAUGAAGGAAAAAAUAGAGAAAAUGUGUCCCAAGUCACCAAUGAAACUUAGCAAUUCUAAGGAGUGGCGUAGUGAUCUUGGGGUGAGCUGUAGAAACCGAAUAUCCUGGGUCUGAAAUUCCGUGUUCACACUCUUGACACAAUUGGACUGGGGAAUUUCACCUCCAAUUAGCUGAGGUGCACUUGUGGAAAACUCCUUGCUGAGGACCUGUUCACUCUUAGGAUUAUUCAUGACUUUGUCUCUGAUCUGAAUUGAUAAUUCAUCAAAAGGAAAACAUUGUCAUAACAAGGUACAGAAACCCUGUAGGUGCCUGUCUUGAAACUGUAUCGAUCAUAUAUCUAGAAGGGCAGAUGAUAAUUAGUGAGUCAACAUGUGCUAGACGUAAGAUAUAAGGGGUGUGUUUGCCACACAGAUUCUAGAGUCUGGACUGCAUAUGUGAUAUAAAUUUAAUUAUGAAAUGUUUUCUUAAGUAAAUUAGAUUUAGCAAUGUUUCCAAUACUUGAUACUGAUUUCCCGGAGUCUGGUGAAGAACGUGCAAACAAAUUAAAAUGCUGCUAGUGGCCUGUGUUUCUCUAUCUCAUCAAGGUUAUGGCAUUUAUGUGUAAUUAAGAUGAAAAUUAAAGUGUAACUUGGCAUUACUGUUGCUUCAAUUAUUUUACUUUUGACAGCAAAAAAGUUCUAUGGGGCAUGAAGAGCCAUAAUGACUGUUUACAGUCUGUUUUUUUCCAUUGUUGGAUCAUUUUGCCCUGCAUUGGGAACUCAUGAAUGACUCAAAAGUAUCCAAGAGAGGAGCUAUCUAUCAAUUAAUUUACUUACAGAUGUUGAUCCUUUAAAACAAUUCUUAUUACUACCCAUUUAUUUGGAAAUGGAUUGAGCAUCCAUGGAUAAUCUUAGAGCUUAACUUGAAUGGUCUAUGUUGUUCAGAUUUGCCACGACCCAUCUUGAGCUUUUUCCUUAUUGGCUGUAGUUCCUUUCAGGUUAGAAAUUCUGGCAUAACAGAAAUGUGAGACCAAAGGUAAUGAGAAUUCACAUUUUCCAGAGAAAUUAUGUUCAUUUCCAGGAACCUCGGUACAAAUUUCGAAGUUUACCAUUUCUAUGCAGAAUCUUGUUAGUGCAGGCAGAAUAUUAAUUUGAGUUCUGUUUCGCCAUUAUAUAGCUCGAGGAUGAUUAACAAGAAGAAUUCUGGGACGGUAUCUAUAUAUACAGUGGAUUCUAAAACUAGUAGCUCUUUGCUUGAAUUUCGUUGUCCAACAAUUGAGAAAGCUUGCAAAUGUCGGCAUAUUACAGUUCAUACUGUCACAUUGUCUUCUCCUUCUACUAUAAUCUCUUGUGUAGAGAAGGUACCUCAAGGUGAAACAUCUUCACAUAUUACUGUUGCUGAUUCAGAACAUGGACACUCAAAGUUGUAUGAUGAGUCGAUGACAUCUAAGAUCUUGCGAGAUGUACAUAUACCAACAAGGUUGAUGGAGGAUUUUCUUGAACUUUCUAAAGACAACACAGAUAAGGAUCUGGAAACCUGUGGCAUUCUUGGUGCCUCUCUUGAAGAAGGAGUCUUUUAUGCAACCACGCUUAUCAUACCCAAACAGGAAUCAACUUCCAGUUCUUGUCAGGCUAUAAACGAGGAGGAAGUUUUUGCCAUUCAAAAUGAGCAAUCACUUUUUCCUGUGGGUUGGAUCCAUACACAUCCGUCCCAAACUUGUUUCUUGUCAUCAGUAGAUGUGCACACUCAGUACUCAUAUCAGAUUGGCCUCUUGGGUAGUUGUAAUCUUGAAAUAGCACUUCUAAUAGAUGGGGUUCUGCAACAAGGUUGGUGGUGCGGUUAUAUCAUUUUAUGUGACGAGCAGGUGUUAAGAUCAAAAGAAACAACAGAAAGAUUUGCGUUGGUAAUGGUACCUGAGGCUUUUGCCAUUGUCAUGGCUCCAACUGAUACAUCAAGGAGCUAUGGAAUAUUUCGGCUAUCUGACCCUGGUGGCUUGAAUGUGCUGAAAGAGUGCCAAGAGACGGGAUUUCACCCUCACAAAGAGCUCGCGGAUGGAAGUUCCAUUUACGAGGAUUGCUCUAAUGUCUAUAAAAAUUCAAAUCUGAGAGAGCAAAUUCCUGCAACAUCUCAUGGACUUCCAUGCUUCUUUGACAACAUCAAUACAACCUAUUUGCUGAGCCCAACAAGCCUCAUAUCUGAAAGGCCCAUUGGGAGAGACCUAAACCAAAGGCUGAGAUUUUGUACAAAGGUCUUGUUUAUGGGCCCCUGCCUUUCUUCUCCAUUUAGUAACUGAGAUUGAAUGAGGCUUUUCAUGAGGGACCCCCUGAAGAUCUCCUUUCUACCCGCUGAUCCAAGCCAAUCUCAAAAUCUUUGACCAAGUCAUUUAACUACAACUUCAUUGUCCCGAGAUUCCUCCGCAUAUGAUGCACCAGAUUCACUCCUGUAAUUACUCCUACUGUUACCACCAUUGUUUCUAUCAAACUCAUCGGAUUCUCUUUGCCGGUGGGAAGAACUGUUAUGGUUUAUGCACCAGUAUUUUUUGGAAACGAGACCACUAGUAAGUAAAGAUGAAAGCCUGUAGGCUGUAGCCAAGUAACAUACUGAAUUUUGCCAGCUUGCUCGUCUACAGACUUACAUGAGUUAUGAAUAUGCCUUAUUGUGCCACAAUUGAAACAAAAGUUCGGGAGCCUUUCAUACUUGAAACAAAUCCAGUGCUUCUUACUGUUAACAUGAAGAAAUGUACCUCGUAACAGAGGUUUGGUAAUAUCGACUUCAACUCGCACUCUUAAACAAGAACCCCGACCUACCCCUUCCUUGUUAGCAUCAACAGAAAUGACUUUGCCAAUAGAUGAUCCAAGCAAAGACCCCAAAUCACGAGUCAUUACUGCCAGUGGAAUAUUAUGCAUUUGAAUCUAUAAUGGUUCAAACGUGAAAUGAAUAUCUUGUGUUGAUAGGCUUCCAUCGAACUCCUGCAAAUUCAUGAAGACUCUAUCAAACAUCCACAACCUACCCUUUAAAACCUUUUCGUUAUCUCCAAGAUUAUGAAAUUCCACCAAAAACUUAUUCACACCCAUCUCUUUGAAAGUGAUCCAUCCAACUGGUCUCCAUAUUUUGGAUAAAGUUGAACGGAAAGCCUCCUAGUUGACUAACUUAUCAGAAAUGAUCAAAGCUAGAAUGCUGCGUUUUCCACGUAAAGUUGAGACAUCAACAGUAUCCUCAGGUACAGCCAGAACAUGACUCUCUUCUUCCGUGAGUGUUAAUCCCUCCCAUUGCUUUGUUAGCUCCUCUUGCAUUCCUUAACACCACUUCUCUUUGGUAGGAAAACCUCCAAGAGACACCAGCUUUAUAAAGACAAAGCACCACCACCUCACCCUUUCAGAGAAAAGAGAGGAACCUCUACCAUGUAUAUAUUCUGAACAUUAUUACCUGUUGAUUUGAAUAUCAUAUGUUGUAGAUUGAACUUGAAUAUCAAAGUUCUCGAUUAUGAGUUUUUUAAUUUUAAAUAGAAGUAUAUUUUAAAA